GUGCAAAAUAUCUUCCAGCUUGCCGGAGUAUGUUUCUGCAAUGUGGGCCUGUUGUCGUGGGGAAUCUUACAGAUUUGGUGGGUAAGGAGCGUUUUGAGCAGCGGAAUUUUCGAGUACUUUCAUAUUCACCUGAUACUUGUGCCGACUAUCAUGGGAAUGGCGGUGAUCUCCAUGAUAGGUAUGACGUGGAGGCUGAGAGCGGAGUUCUCGUGGUCGAUUUAUAAGGAUAUCAGCGCCGAUUCACAGAUGUACCGGAAGCUCUACACUUAUCAGGUGACUCUCUACGCUUCAUACGUUGUCUUCGCGCAGGUGUACGUUACCUUGCUAAAAUUUGACUUCUUCUUCAUCUUUGGAAGUCAAGUAGAAGUCCUGCUCGUCUUAGGCGAAAUUGACAAUGACUUCAUCCUCAACGCCGCCAUGGUUCCCGUUGCAAUCAUGGCACUAUUUCUGGCUGCCAUUUUCUGCCGAAAAGAGAUGAAAAAGUCAAUGUUUUUCCCUAUGCUGUGCAUGAGCGCUCUCAUUGGCAAUCAGGUCAAAACGCUAUUGUCACUAUAUAGUUCAGAUUAUAGCUUAAUCUCUUGCCGGGUUUCAUUGGGCCUAUUCGCAUCGACAGCUAUAUUGUUGAUCGCCUGCACGAUGAUCAAUGCAUUCAUUUGUGUCACCUACUUCGAAAAGGGGUCGAAGCAUCAUUUCAAUCAGCCUCCGAGCAUAUGGCGGACUGCAGAUGGCAUAUAG